AGAUUCAAGUUUUAGUUUAUCCCUUUCCAUUCGUAAUUCUGUUGUUGUUAUCUGUGCCAUACCUGCACGCCUCCAGAAUUGUUCCAAAUUCCGAAUAUUAUCUAUAACCUAAAUAGUAAAAUAUAAAACCUCAUAAACAUGCGAGGCUUAAUUAUGAUUUUUCUUUUGACGCUAGUCAAAAUUGCACUAUGCGCAGAACUACAAGAAUCAAAGGAUACAAACGGCUUAAAGAACAAUUAUCAGGAUAAAGUACUUCGUCCCAGGAGGCAGGUUCUUGUAGGAGGAAUUAUAGGUCCGCAUGGCGCAAUCGGUGGUGUUUUGACUCCUGGGGCUAUAGGCGCUGAUUACAAUGGUGGUAAAUAUAGGAAGUAUAAGGGUUACCGACCACGUUAUCCUCCAUAUCCGCCAUAUUCUCCUUCCGGUGGUUAUAGUCAAAAUUAUAAUCAGUACAAAGACAAAGAGUACUAUACUCGUGGCUCGGACUAUGCUGAUUAUGAUGACGUAGAUUAUGGCCAUCGUAACGAAAAUAAUGAUUACUAUCACAAGUAUGAUAAUCAAAACCAGUAUUCUAAUAAUGGUAACCAGUAUCAUGGACCAAGCAGUCAUGCUUCUGCUGCUGCGGGUGGAUUUGUAUUUCCUCAUAAAUAUCAACACAGACCAAGCUAUAGUAAUAGUGGUAGCCAUGCUUCUGCUGGUAGCGUUAGUUUUCCUGGCGGAAGUGCAAGUUUCGCUUCCGCUUCGUCUUCGUCAUCCUCCGGUUCCUAUGGUCUGUGGACAGCGAGAAAAUGAAAUACGUACUUCAACAGAUUCUUAAACAACACGGUUAAUUAUUUAUUGUUAUUUGAGUGUAUUUAAUUUUGUACUGUUUGCAAAAAAAAAUUAAAAUGCUGGCAU